ACAAAGUAACUGCUGGUCUUUUUGCUAUUGGGUUGAAAGACAUGAGUCUUGGACAAGCAUAUGCAAACACUCUCACAAGUAUAAAGAAAGAUAGAGAGAUAUAGAGAGAAAAAGAGAAAGAGAGAGAGAGAGAGAGAGAGAGAGGAGGUGGAGAAGAUGAAGGAGAGCAUUGGGGAGAAGUCCCAGAGCACACGAGGGGGUUCUUAAUGAGGGAUGAUGUGCAUGAAAAACAUAGACAAAAAAAAGAGAGCAGUGUUUAUCUUUCUGUCUUUCUUUUCUUUCUGAUCUUGCUUGCUUGGUUUGUGUUCUUGGCAGCAGUUGUUAGUGUUGUUUGUGUUUGUUUUUUGUUCAACAUCUUGUUGUAAAGAAAAAGAAGAAGAGUGUUCAUGGCUUGUCCACCACCUUCAGCUCCAUUUUAUGGAGAACAGAGGCACUGUGCCAGAGGACAUUGGAGACCAGCUGAAGAUGCAAAGCUUAAAGAGCUUGUUUCAAAGUUGGGCCCUCAGAACUGGAACCUCAUUGCUGAGAAACUUGAAGGAAGAUCAGGGAAGAGUUGCAGGUUGAGGUGGUUUAACCAGUUGGAUCCAAGGAUUAACAGGAGAGCAUUCAGUGAAGAAGAAGAAGAGAAGCUUUUGGCUGCUCAUAGAGUCUAUGGAAACAAAUGGGCACUGAUUGCCAGGCUUUUUCCAGGAAGGACUGACAAUGCUGUGAAGAAUCACUGGCAUGUUAUCAUGGCCAGGAAACAAAGAGAGCAGCAACAACAACAGUCUAGUACUAGUAAGAGAAGAAGACACUCAAAUAUCACAACAACGGCAACAUCAACAACAACUUGUAGUGUUUCUCAUUCUCAAAUUAUUAGGAUGGAUGUUAAUGCUUGUAGUGCUGAAAGCACCAUUACAAGCACCAGAGAUGAGUCUUCAUCCUUCAUGGAUGGCACUGGGACUUUGAGAAAUGGUGUCCUAAUGAUGUUUAAUGUUCAGUCUGACUCUACUUCUGAGGCUUCAGCCAGUGAUUCAGUAGCCAAUCAGUGCACACAUGGUGAACCAAAAGAUGAAGAGAAGAACCACAAAUUCAGCUUCCCAUUCAUAGACUUUCUUGGUGUUGGAGCCAUGUGAGAACAAGAACAAGAACAAGAAGAAGAUGUACUGAGUUUUGUUGUUGCAGUUGUUGAUGUAGUAGUUGUUGUAGCUUCAAGACUUAAGAAUGAAUGAAAUGAAUGGUUCAAGAGAUUAAAAAAAAAAAUG